ACGAGAGGAGCUUGCAACAGUAAGCCGGGCAGAGCUUACCGCAGGCUUUAGCACGUCAAAAAUGUCGCGGUGUGGAAAAUCUGUAGCCUCGAGCUCUGUGCGUAAGAAAAAGGAUCUAAGUCGGAAAAUGUUGGAAAAGUUAGUAGAAACGUUUGCCGAUGCAGUUAAGGACAAAAAGAAGUCAAGCAAUGCUGCUGACUUGAUGGAAUUCAAGAAGGUGACGGGUGAUAACAGAAACUUUUGUGGGACGGAGGAGCCUACUGAAGCAGAAAAAUGGUUGAUGGGAAUCGAGAAAGUGUUUGACGUAUUGCAAACUCCGGGUGAGAAGAAGGUUCGACUUGCGACUUACUUGUUUGAGGGAGAUGCCGAGCAUUGGUGGAGAUCUAUGAAGCGUGUGCAUGAUGCGAACAACAUGUGCUGGGAACAAUUUGUGGAGCUAUUUUUUAGUAAGUAUUUCCCGCCAACACCUAAGGCACUGAAAUAUGCUGAAUUUGUUACUUUGAAGCAAGGUAACAUGACGGUUACUCAGUUAGAUAAGAAAUUUUGUGAACUCGAACGUUAUGGAGUUCAUCUCGUCGAAACCGAUGAAUUAAAGGCUCGAAAAUUAGAAGACGCAUUGAAGCCAUGGAUCCGUGCCCAAGUUGUUCCACUACAACACCCCACUUAUGAUAAGGUUUUGGGAGCCGCACUAGCAAUUGAAGCCAACUAGAUAAAAGCACAGAAGGAAAGGGAGGAAAGUCAACCGAAAAAGAAUGACAAGAGCGACUCAUCCCCUCAGCGGAAACGUCCUCGCUUUGAUCCUUCUCGUUCUGGGCCUACCACCAACAAGAACAAAGGAAAGGGUUGCUUUCGAUGUGGAUAUGAUCAUCUUAUCAAAGAUUGUCCCGUUCCACCACCGAUGCCACAAAACGUGAAUCAAACUCAACAACCUACUGUACAGAAAACGAAUUUUUAUACGAGACAACCUUACCAGCCACGUACCAAUGCGCCACCCUUCCAACCCAGACAACCGAACGUUCAAGGAAAGCUAAAUCAUGGGGCAGAGGUUAAGGGCGAAGCAGAAAAUGCCAUUAUAGAGGAGUACGAGAGGAUCUUGCAACAGUAAGCCGGGCAGAGCUUACCGCAUGCUUUAGCACGUCAAAAAUUAGUAUUUUGUUGUUCAUAAUAUGUAUAUCACGGGGAUGGAUCUGGGGUAGUUUUAUGUUGCUUGUGAACCAUGCUUUUGCUAUAUUUUGUUGUAUAUAAAAAUGUGCGUAUCUUGUUUGCUGGAUAGUUUUAUGUCGGUGUUAACUAAUAUGCAUUUUGUCGCAUUUGCUUCAUAUGUAUCUAGAACUGUACUGUCAGGUCUCUCUUCUGUCUAAACUCAAUGUAAAACAUAAUUCACCUUAAAUGUGUUUGAUUACCAUA